AUGGCUGACAACGCGCCUCCAGCACCCGGGUCCUCAGGCCAGGGCCGUGGUGGUCGCCGCCGAGGCCGUGGAGGGGCACCCCCCUCCGGCCGUGCAGACGCCCAUCAAAACUCCGGGGACGGCGCAAACAGAGGAGGCAGGUCUCGUGGUCGUGGAGGCAAAAACUCUGGUGGACGCGACAAACAACAGAAUGCUGACGGUGCUCGCAACGAUUCGGAGCCCUCCACGACUGCGACGGUAGGCUCCAGGCAGGUUGCCGCUGCCACGGACGAUGCGGAUGACGGAGAAGUCUGCUUUAUUUGCGCCUCCAAGGUGGAACACACCUCGGUCUCUCCCUGCAAUCACCGGACGUGUCAUAUUUGUGCUCUCCGCCUUCGGGCGCUGUACAAGAGCAAGGGUUGUGCUCAUUGUCGUACCGAGUCUGCCUUCGUGAUAUUUACCGACGAUCCCGUGCGACGCUUUGAGGAUUUCCAGAAAAAGGACUUUGCUCGGACCGACGAAAACCUGGGCAUCCAAUAUGAGAAGGAUGAGAUCUUCGAGGACACUGUCCUGUUGCUUCGGUAUAAUUGCCCCGAUGAGGACUGCGAUGUAGCUUGCUUAGGUUGGCCGGACUUGCAUCGUCAUGUGAAAAGCAAGCAUGGGAAGGUGAUGUGUGACCUUUGUACACGGAACAAAAAGGUCUUUACCCAUGAGCAUACCCUCUUCACGCACGCCGAAUUACGAAAGCACGAAAAGUAUGGCGAUGACCAACCUGGUGCCAUCAAUCAGAGCGGUUUCAAAGGACAUCCCGAAUGCGGUUUCUGUCGGCAACGGUUCUAUGGUGAUGAUGAGCUAUAUACCCAUUGUCGUGAGAAGCACGAACGCUGCCAUAUCUGUGACCGCCGUUCCAACAAUCGUGAGCAACAGUACUACGUUGAUUACUCGGCCCUUGAAAGUCAUUUCCAGAAAGACCACUUCCUCUGUCUUGAUCAAGAGUGUCUGGACAAGAAGUUUGUGGUGUUCGAGACCCAAAUGGACCUGAAGGGUCAUCAGCUGGAAGAGCAUCCCAACGGCACAUCCAAAGAUAUCCGAAGAGACGCCCGGCUGGUGGAUCUUAGGGAGUUUGAUAACAUGCGGAGCCCAUAUCAACAACAGCAACGACAACGUCGUGGCGCUGGUCGAGGCCGUGAUCCCAAUGCUGAACCAUUACCACCAUCUAGCGCUCAACCUUUGCGGCGAGACCAACUUGCCUACCAGCGACAAAUGGCCAUCCAAAGCUCCCAGUCGGUCACUCAGCGUAGCUUUGGUGGAGCGCUAUCUCGCGAUGAGACGCAGUCCGUCCAAGCCCCGGCCCGAUCAGCCGCUGCCACUCCAAUCCAGUCUAGAUCGCGAACACCACAGCCGCCCACCGAGGGACUCAACGGUCUCAGCCUUGCUGCCAGUUCACAACCACUUGGUCCGGAAGAUCAAGCUCGUCGGCUACGACACACAGCUGUUGUUGAGCGGGCAUCGAAUCUCCUGCGCAAUGAUGCUACCAAGUUGACGGAAUUCCGCAACAGAGUCUCCAGCUAUCGCACAUCGUCCAUCUCGGCCACCGAGCUCAUUGACGCUUUCUUCUCUCUGUUCGAUACAUCCAGUUCCGAGCUCGGUAAGCUCAUCAAGGAGCUGGCGGAGAUCUAUGAGGACAACUCCAAGCGCAUUAACUUGCUCCAGGCCUGGAAUGACUGGCGCGCCAUUAACGAGGACUACCCUGCACUGCCAGGCCCUGGCGGUCUCUUGCCAGGCAUGUCACCUGGCACCGUCAACACCGGCGGCAGCCGUGUCUUGCGCUUGAAAUCAUCCACUGCUCAAUCCUCUCGUUCCGCCGUUGGCAGAAGCGGCGCCCUCUCAUCCUCAGCUUCAUCUUCAUCAUCAAAUCCCUUCCCGCCUCUCUCCGCCGCUGCCGGUUCCUCUCGCCGUACCGGUGGUCAGUCUGCUACACCCUGGGCCGCAGCCGCCCCGCCACCAUCAUUUUCACGCCCGUCAAUCAACAUUGCCCCUAGCCGGCCCUCGGCUGCGACACCCUCUAGCUCCGUUCGCUCGGCUGCAAGCGGUGGUGAUGCAUUUCCUGCCUUGCCUGCGGCUCCUAAGCCGAACGUUAUGAUGGCCGGCAAGACCCGCGGCUAUGUUCGAUGGGAGGACCGGCGCGGACCGGCGCCAGAUGCCUGGGGAUCCAACCCUUCCUCUGGCAUUGCCUCUCCCGCUGAACCGGCUGACUUCGAUGAUCUCGGCGAGGGCAAGAAAGGCAAGAAGAAUAAGAAGGGGAAGCAGACGCUUUUCCACUUUGGUUAA